AUGUCGGAACUCGACAUUGGUUCCGACUAUUCAAUGGACACCGAAUUCAACGAUGUUGUUGAAGCGCUAGAAGUUGACGAAAUGAAAUUAUUCACGAAUCUGACAGUGUCGGUUGUUAAAAAUGUUCAGAAAGUUGAAAUCAUUUUUGAGCGCGAGUUCCGCAGACAACAUGGCAGAACUUCAAACUAUCUACAGCUGGUCAAAACAGUUAUAUUGACUCCCGCCAAUCUUUCCGACAUUGAUAUUCAGAUCAAUGAGACGAUCAUUGACGAGCUUUGCAAGGCUUGUUUCAAUUCAUAA